UUCAGCCGCCCCACCCUUACGUAUGAUUUUCAUUUUCUCCAGCCUGAACUUGAAAAAAGUUUGUUUUUCUUCCGUUGUUACGCUGAUAGUGCGGGAAUAAAGCAGGAAUGUUCAGGAGGCCGAGUUGCUCGCUACCUUUCCUUAAGUACUAACUGGAUAAUUCUCCAGCUGUUCCUCCUCACGCGCUCACCAUGAACGGCAGCGACAUACUGGAGAUGGAUUCCGCGUCCGACCAGGAGGAUUUUGAUGAUGCCAGGCUGGGAAUUAUAGAGGGGGAAUUUGUUUACCCCCAGGAGUUUUUACCCACCUAUCAGUCAAUCGAAGAAGGAUCGGUUGUGAACAAAGUAAAUCAGGUAGAGUACAACGGCAAACCGGACUCCUUAUUCUUCAACGACGGAGUGAGGAGGAUUGACUUCAUCCUGGUGUAUGAAGAUGAGGAUAGGAAGGACUUUAAGAAGAAGCACACCUUCCAGAGAUAUAAGAGACGACGAGAGUACUUUGAGGCCAGCCUGAUGAAGAUGGGCCUGGAACUAGAAGCCACACCUUCUGUCCAUAAUGACAACCUUAUAUUUGUGAAAGUUCAUGUGCCCUGGGAUGUGCAGUGCACAUACGCCGAAGUCCUGCACAUCAAGGUUCCCAUCGAGCUCAACAAGAUCUCCUCCAAACCGUCGGUUUGGACCAUUUUCAACUGUUUCACCAAGUACUUCAAACCUGACGAGAAUCUGAUAAAAAAAGAAACGGAUUACUUUACUGCACCCUUUGAGAAGGACCGUCAGGAAUGCUUCCAAAUUGUGAACCAGGAUCAGUUCUUCACUCCAUCCAUGAGGAGUAGAAUGGCAUACUAUAUCCUGUGCAGAGCUCCCUAUGAAGUCAGAGGAAACAUUAAAAAGUUUGGCAUCACCAAACUGCUGGAUUCUGGAGUGUACAAAGCUGCCUAUCCGCUACAUGACUGUAGGUUUAAUGUCAGGUCCGAAGAAGAAAGCUGUCCUAAUGAGAGGUUCCUGCUCUAUAAGGAAUGGGCUCAUCCCAAGAACUUCUACAAGAUACAACCUCUGGACCUCAUAAGGAGGUAUUACGGCGAGAAGAUCGGGAUUUAUUACGCCUGGUUGGGUUUCUACACUAUGAUGCUGGCUAUUGCUGCUGUGGUCGGACUGUGCUGUUUCAUUUAUGGAUACCAGAUUCAAGAAACAAGCACAUGGAGCAAAGAGGUGUGCAACCCCAACAUAGGAGGAAAGCUUGUUAUGUGUCCACAGUGUGACCUCUGCAACUACUGGAUGUUAAACAGCACCUGCGACACUUCCAAGACACUUAUUAUAUUUGAUAACUUUGGAACCUUGGUGUUUGCUGUUUUCAUGUCAGUAUGGGUGACUGUGUUCCUUGAGUUUUGGAAGCGGUACCAGGCAGAGCUGGAGUACGAAUGGGACACGGUGGAGUUUCUGGAACAGGAAGAACCGCCUCGCCCUGAAUAUGAGGCCAAGUGUAUUUAUGAGAGGACCAAUCCUGUCACAGGGGUGCAAGAAAAGGUGCCUUAUACCUUCUGUGGACGAUGUUUUCGAUUGUCAAUAGGAAUUGGGACAGUCCUAUUCUGGAUCAUGUUGAUCCUGGUUUCCAUCGUGGCCAUCAUCGUCUACCGAUUGGCUGUUUUCGUCUCCCUGUCAGUCAGUCUUAAAAACGCAGGUGACCUGAAGAAUUUAGAGCCAAUAAAGGAGUAUGUAACGCCGCAGAUGGCCACCUCUGUCACAGCUGGCAUCCUCAGCUUCGUUGUGAUAAUGGUCCUCAAUAUCCUCUACGAGCGGGUCGCUAUCUGGAUCACAGACUUUGAGCUUCCUCGGACAAGAACGGACUACGAGAACAGCUUGACGCUGAAGAUGUUCCUCUUUCAGUUCGUUAACUAUUACUCCUCGUGCUUCUACAUUGCUUUCAUAAAAGGGAAGAUAGUCGGCUACCCAGGAGAACCUGUUAAGCUCCUGGGACGAUUCCGGAAUGAGGAGUGUGAUCCUGGGGGUUGUCUGAUUGAGCUGACCACGCAACUCGCCAUCAUCAUGGGUGGGAAAGCAAUCUGGAACAACAUCCAAGAGGUCUUGCUACCGUGGGUUAAGAACCUAAUCUCUCGCCAUUUUACCCGUCCGACCUCAGAGAAUGUGGACCCACCUCGCUGGGAGCAAGACUUUCAGCUUCAGCCCGUUUCAAAACUUGGUCUCUUUUACGAAUAUCUCGAAAUGGUGAUCCAGUUUGGCUUUGUCACCCUCUUCGUGGCAUCAUUUCCUCUUGCUCCGGUUCUGGCUCUGUUGAACAAUCUGUUUGAGAUCCGCGUCGACGCUUGGAAAAUGACGACUCAGUUUCGACGCAAUGUGCCUGAGAAAGCCCAGGACAUAGGAGCUUGGCAGCCCAUUCUUCAAGGCGUCACCAUAUUGGCAGUAGCAACAAAUGCCAUGAUCAUCGCUUUUACAUCCGACAUGAUUCCCAGGCUGGUCUACUACUGGUCAUUUUCACUGUAUGAGGGUCAUACUAACCACAGCAUGCAGGGCUACAUCAAUAGCUCCCUUUCUUUUUUCAACACCAGCGAUUUCGAUGAUACUAAAAUUAACGCUCAAGUGGAUCGCAAUCCCAACAUCACCAUUUGCAGGUAUCGAGACUUCCGGUUUCCUCCUGGACACCCCAGACAAUAUGAGCACAACAUGUCCUACUGGCAUGUGAUCGCUGCCAAAAUGGCUUUUAUAAUUGUCGUAGAGCACAUUGUUUACCUCACCAAGUUCAUCCUCUCCUACGUGAUUCCAGACGUCCCGUACACCAUCAAAGAACGGAUCAAAAGAGAGAAAUACUUGACUCAAGUGAUCCUUCACGAGACCAACCUAAAGCUGGUGACUAAGCGUUUGAAACCAAUUUCAGAAGGGAUUUCAAGUCACUUAGAUAUAAGUAAUAAGAAAGAACUGGAACUGUCAGAAUAUGGACAGAUGUAAGCUACAGAGAACACUUUGGUUUAUACAACACAUCAGUUUUUUUUUGUUUUUUUUUUGUUUUGUUUAUUUGCUCUCCCCCCCAAGAUCUUGUUAAACAUUCCUGUGAAAACACUUAUGAUCUGAAACUCUUUCAUAUGGAAAAAUGUUUGUUUUUAAAGGCUAAAACAAGAUCAACUUUUACCUCCACCUCUAACCACUAGGUUUGGUUUCUUUUGUUUGUGUGUCACUAUAUAAUUAUAAUGCUCCAAACUGCUGGUAAAGAUGUGUGACAAAUAAGCUUUAUUAGACUUUUUUUUCUUAAAAAGAUGGUUUUACACUAUCCUGUGCCUUCAACUGACUGUUAGUUUGUUUGUGCUGUAUCAAAUAAUAAUGUUACAUUUGGAGCUUUAAAAAAACAAGCUUUUGCCAAACCCUGUCAUAAAAUAUCAGUAUUGCCUUGGAAAAAAAAUGCAAAGGUUGUUUCGUUUCUUGUCAUAUUUUAUACUUGAUAAGUAUAGGGUUGUGCACCACAAACUUGUGAACAACCAAGUGUUAAGGUGGUAUUUUUUAAGCUGUUUUACCGUAAUGGAUAUCAUAACUGAUUUCUGGGGAUUAUAUGUGUGUAAAUGUACACACAUUUUUUAAUUGACAUGUCAGUUGUUUGUAGACUAUUGUAUGUUUAUGUGAAUUUAACCCAACUCUCUGUCUGUUGACAUAUUUUUAUAUACUGCACGCUUUCUACAAGCAAAAACUGUCUUGCUAACCACUAACUGCCUUUCAGAUUAUUCUUUGGAUAAUGCACUCAAUUUAUUUUUUUAUAAAUCUUUAAAAACCAAAGUUGUGUUAUUACUGGUGUUAAUCAAUGGUACUAGAACCAUCAUGUAUGCAAACAGUAUCAUUCCUCUCUUAGUUGUUAUCAAAUAAUUUCUUUAAAUAAACAAACCACAUGAUCAA